AUGAACGCCGCGUCGCGCAACUCGAGCCCUGGCUUUGAAAUACUCGAAGACUUCCCACUCCCAAACUCCCAAGUCCCUCCCUCCCAGCCGGUCCUGUCACAACCCACAGUCGAGGAUGCACAGCUCACACUCGCUGACAUGCGCCGCCUCGCGCGCGGGAGGGUUCGCCCACAGCCCUUGACAUGCACCUUUGUGACCGACGGUGUCCCCUGCGUGGCCGUGUUGUUAUGCGUUGAUGGGCUGGAAAAGCACCUGAACAGACACGCAGCACAGGCUCGUGCAGCUGACCAGCGCGGCGAACAACACUGGUACGGGCUCAAGGAUGACGCGGACCUCCGGGUGGCCGACUUGGAUGACUGCCCGGGUCAGCGAGUGAACAAGCCCGAAGGUCACUACAGGAACUCUGAGCAGACUGGCAGACACCCCGCACCACCCUACCGCCUGGACCAGCUUCGCGAUUUGCCCGGGCCGCAACGCUCACUGAAGAUGCCACCACUGCGGCCGUUGCCGUCGCUGGUGCCCAACUACAACCUCAUUGCGCUGCCCGUCCAGCCGUUCUCAGGCAACAACAUCAACGGCACGACGGUCGCUGACCUCGAGUUCCCUAUCCUCACGCAACGCGAUCCAGACGCAGCCUUCCAUGCCGCCGGCCACGGCCCGCCCAACAUGUGGACCAGCUCCGAUUUUGUCGCCCGUGCCGGCGGGCUGGAGAAGGACGACGACAUCGAGGACGAGGCGCGGAGCAUCUAUGCGCCGUCGGUCUCGGUCGUCGGCUCGCAGAUGAUGAACCCGGCAGCGUUCAGGCAUGCGCGCGCCCCGUCCGUCAUGUCGGAUAUGAGCUUUGUGCCCGGGUCGCCGGUGGCAACUGUUGAGCGGAUUGCGCGACGUCAGCGCGUCUUCGAGCCCGCGUCCACGCCCACGCCCAGCCAGCCGUUCGGAUCCCAGCCCAUGUCCCAGUCCCAGUCCCGCAACCAGAUGCCCCCGCCCGCCACACCGAGUCGCUUUGGUGCCCUGCAGCAGCCGCCGCCAGCAUUCGGUGGUGUCCAGGUGAGGGCGGUGCGUCGACAGCACGCUGGCCUCGACGACGAGUUGCCCAACCCAACGCGCACUGAGCGUGGUGCUGCGCCACUCACUGUGCGGCCCGUCCAGUACCGUCUGCAGCCCAGGCUCGUCCAGCACGUCCUCGACUAUAUCGGUGACAAGUUGAGCAAGAACCAUGUGGUACCCGAGAUGCAGCCCAAGAACGGCUCCGAGCCCCAACCACUCGCUGGCCCUGCUGGCCCGCAACCCAUCGUCAUCGACGACGCCGACGUCUUCGGUCCCCCCGUCCGCCUCGACAAGGGCAAGCGCAAGGCGUCUCCGCAGGACGAGUCCCAGCCGCCCUCCAUCCUCGGCACGACCUCGCGCGGCGCCUCGACCUCGGCACCGGGCUCGCGCUCGCCCACGGCCAACCCCGGUCCGCCUCCGGCCAAGGUCCGUCGCCUCACCCGUAUCCAGACCAUCAGGGAGGAGCGGGCCGGCAAGGCGCAAGAGGAGGCAGAGGCCGACUUUGUCGCGGGCCUGUAUGCAUAUCGCAAGACCGGCCGGUGGAAUGGCUUCGAGAGCCUCGCUGUCCGCGCGGCGGCGCGGGAGGUUGUGGACAGUCUGAAGGGUGGGCAGUGA